AUGCAGCCGGCGGCGGGGCAGGAUCUGACGGCGGCGGCUUGGUGCGGCUGCCGCCCUCCGCGUGCCGUCGGCCCCGCGACGCCCACGAGCUGCAGCGAGGAGGAGGAGGAGGUGGCCUGCCUGGGGCACCCCGGGGUGCCCCGGGGCUGCGGGUGCCUGCCGCCCGGCGGGGACAGCGCCUUCGUGGAGGUGGAGCCCGGGGAGGACCGAGAGCUGUUGACGGAGGAUGACGUUUACUGCCGGUGCCUCUCCAAGACGCUGUGUCACACGUCCACCCCCGUCACCGUGGGCUUCUACGCGCCCUGCGGCCACCGCAUCUACUCGCUGCUCGACAAGGUCACGGGCUUCAUGCGAGAGGAGAUGGCGCGGCGCGAGGAAGCCGAGCUGCAGAAGAGCCACCAGAAGGCGCGCAGCCCCGAGGGCUGGGGGCUGCUGCUGGCCCUGUGGUACCUGGCUUUCUACAAGCCGGUGAUCACCGAAGUCCACCUGCGCAGGAAAAACAUCAAGUUCAUCUUCAUCCGCUUCAGCGCCUGGCAGUACGCGGGCUGCGACAAGCUCUGGGCCGGGCUGGUGACCACCCUCUGCGACAGCAUCCGCCACCACUUCGGGCCUCUGCCGCUCAGCGUCUUCCACGUCAUGGGCAGCCGGCCCCACUUUGCCUCCGGCUUCAGCCAGCGGGAGUGGGUCCUCAAGAAAAGCACGUGCCUCAAGCUUUGGGGGAUGCUCUUCGUGCUGAGCGCGGGCCUCAGCGUGCUCUUGGUGGCCCUGCUGGUGCCCGGCAUCAAGGACAACCACGCGCUGAAGGUGAUCGGCAGCACCGUCGCCUCGCUGUCGGGCUCCGGCUUGGUGCUGGGCGUCGUCUCCGUCGUCAAGAACCUGCUCAUCAGCGAAAAGAAGAAGAUCGAGCGGCUGACCAACAGCGAGAAGUUCACCAGCCAGCUGGGCUUCAUGAGCAAGGUGCGCAACGAGAUCGAGGUGCUCAUCGACUUCCUGGCCUUCAUGGAGAUCUUCGAGCGGCGGCGGCUCCGCAUCGUGCUGGAGAUCACCAGCCUGGACAUCUGCUACCCGGAGAAGGUGGCCGGGGUGCUCAACGCCAUGAACACGUUGCUCUCGGACACCAACAGCCCCUUCAUCUUCAUCCUGGUGGUGGACCCCAGCGUGAUCGUGCCGUGCCUGGAGCAGACGAGCUGCAUGAAGGGCCUGGCCGACAACGGCUACCUCUACCUCAACCGCACGGUGACGUUGCCCUUCUCCAUCCCGGAGAUGGGCGUGAGGUCCAAGCUGCAGUGCGUGGAGGACGCGGUGCAGACGCGCGAGGACCUCAUGUACCGCAUCAUCACGAGGAACGUGGAGAGGAACGUGCGCCGGAGCCGGGCCAAGGGCCGGGGCGAGCCGGAGGCGGCGGCGCCGCGGGAGCUCAGCCGGCACGAGGUGGACGCCGAGGCCGUGCGCUACAUCCACGCCGCCUUCCGCUGCCUGCACGACGCCGCCGACAGCCUCUACCGCUACGUGCCGUCCAGCAGCGUCCAGGUGCGCCGCAUCGUCAACACCAUCCCCAUCACGCUGCGGCUCAUGCUGCACCACGGCGGGCCGCGGCGGGACCUCUCGGCCCGCGCCGCCGCCGCUUGGGUGGUGUUGGCCAACCAGUGGCCGUGUCGUUUGAGCUGGGCCUUGCAGUGCAUGGAGGACGCCGGGCAGGACGCCUUGGCCACCCGCACGUUGUGGAGCGUCUUCGAGGAGAACGCGCGGGAGCUGAGCGGCGCGCGGGAGGCGCUGCGCCGGGCGCUGUGCCUGGACGGCGACGCCGAGCUCUUCGAGCGCUUCCUGGCGCGCGAUUUCCCCUUCACGGCCGCCGAGGCCGCUCACCUGCUCCGCUUCACCGUCAACCUGGACCACUCCAUCCGGCGCGAGAUGGGGCUGCUGCGGGACCUGGCGCGCCUGGCGCGGGCCAGCGCCGCCGCCGCCGCCGCCGCCGCCGUCUCCAGGAGCGUGCAGUGCCCGGCCCCGGAGUGA